UGCUGCCGCCGCUGUCGAGAUGUCCGCCCGCCGCACGCUCUUGCUCCUCUUCGCUGCCGCCGUUCAGGCGGUGCCGACACCGACGGGGCUGCUCCCCGUCCCCAGCACCAAGCUGGAGCCGCCGCCAAUCCCUCAAUCGGCCGGCGACUUCAGCUGGGAAGACGUGAUCCCAAAGAUACCCGAUUCCGACGAGAUGGGCAUUCCCAAAUGGGGCGACGAGCCCAGCGAAGAGCUGCAGCCGCCCCCGGUCGGUGUCUCCGUCGGUUUCCAGCUGAACGACAAAGACUCUGCAAAGCCCAUCGACAUUGAUGUGAAGUACAAAGAACAGAAGCUGUCUGCACCAGACAGCAAGCAGGCCCAUCUGAAAGCCACUGUCCAACAGUUCCCCAAGAAGUACAGGCCCGACCUGCACAAAGCUGAGGGUGGUGCCAAGAAGAACCUGAGCCCAAAACCAGCAGCGCCAGAGCAGGAGCCUGCAGAAUCUAGCUUUUCUGCUGUUGUUGCGGAUGCAGGCACACAAAACUUGGGUGAUGAACACUUGGGUAAUACUGUUCAUCUCAGCAGUGGAGGAGAUCGAGUUGAAUUUCAGAUGCAUGGUCAAAAUGGACCAAACUCCUACAAAUUUGGAUUUGACACAGGCAAUGUGCACAACAGACUGAUCCGAUAUGAGGAGCGUGAUGCACAUGGCAAUGUGAAAGGGCAUUAUGGAUUCUAUGACAAAAGUGGUAAACUGCAUAUAGUCAAUUACUCUGCUGAUCCCCAUACAGGGUACCAUGCACAGCCUGGAGUUGUUGGAUAAUAUGAUCUCAUUAACAACAAAUACCACAGGAAAACAGUGUGCCAGCAAAUUUGGAGUUGUGGUCUGUUACUAUACUCAAGCUGACGGUGCUCGUAAUACCCAGCAUAAUUGUGAAAUAUUUAUUUCUCAAGUGUUUUGCAAAAUCUUGCUGAUAUUCUCCCCAACAAAACUUAUAAUCAGUGGUCCAUUUAGUAUUUUACUGCAAAAGUUUUAAGGCCAGUUGUAAUACAGGUUGUCUGAUUCAGGACAUCCAAGGUUUUUUUUCUGUUAUCCAAGUGACAUUCCUCCAACAAUGAAUGGAUUUUGCUAAACUGUUACAGUCUCCUUCUGAGUGAACAUCCUAUAUAGAUGUUCAUAUUGGCAUUAUCAUGACUAUUUCUCAACAUAUGUGCACACUGAACAUCCCACUAGCAGUCAUGAAAACAAUUAUCAUACUCAUAAUCUAAUUGGAAAUUUAAGAAUGAAAUAGUCCAGUGAACAAAUGCACUAUAUCAGUGACAUUACAAAUUGCACACAUCUAAGUUUGAAAUCAUCAGUUUUGUCUUCCAGCUGCAAGAUUACAGUGUAGAUUUGAAGAGUGAUGUGAAGUUCUUUUUUUAUAUUUUUGUAUUUUCUUAUAUAUUUUUUAUAACUAAGUCUAGUCUCUAACUUGUUAUCUUGUUGAGUUUUGUAAACUUCUGUGUAGCAUGUUAAAGCAUUGUGCAAACAUGUCUGAUUAAAUUAUGAAGUUUUUAUUUGUUGCAGA